AUGACACCGUCUACUACGCUCGAGGCAGACGCCGAGGUCACGCGGGCCAGGUUCCAUGUCAAGGGGCUCACGUUGGAGCCUGUUGAAGCUCGCAUUGCCCAAGGCUGGUUCGGAGGGAUUCAUCAGGGUUCUCCUCGCCGUGCAGAGGAGCUCUCCGUCGCGCAAGACACUGUGUUCGAGCAUGAGCGGGCGGCAUUUGAACACGGAGCGAAGUCCGAGAGGACGAGCGCUAAUGUCGAGGCUAUGCCCAAGGCAUGCGUGAUCGCGACCAUAUUCGCAGCAUCAGACGGCGCUGCGCCUGAAUAUGCAUCCCAGCCACAAGACGCCUCGAUCGAGCUGAGCGUCACGAUUCGCAAAGGAAGGACCAGCGAAGAUCACAGGCGGUCGUUGUCAUUGAUGCGCUCAAGGCGACUGGAUCCGCUCUCUAGCUCGCGGGCGUAG